GCUUUGCUCUACUCUGAACCGCAGCGCAUUCUGCUGCUGCGCUGAGCUGCGUGUGCCAGCUGCGCGACUUCAAUCAAACUCAUCGUGAAGCGAAUGUAUCAUUCCGUGUGCGCCCGUGAACGUGGUUACAUCCAUCGAUCGAAAUAUCGGGUUUGCUCAACAGACAGCUUCAGCUACAGUCUUGAGUUCAUAGUGGCAUGUAAUGUAAAGUGAAGUUGCCCAAAUAAAUGAAAGAAGUGAAGUGAACACAUUGGAACUUUGAUAAAACAAAAAAUAAAUUGGAAAACAAUAUUUAUUAAGUGCUGUGGAUGCUCACAAAUAAAUUAUAAAAUAAUAAAAUAUAAAUAAGACUACACAUCAUAUUGUCCAUAAAAAUAUAUUAAGAAAAUAUAUUUAAAAAAAUUAUUUAAAAAACAUUUUUGUGUAAGCAUAAAGUGUUCAUCUGCAAAUUGUGCGUCGCUGCUGCAAUACUGAAUUACUUUCAAACAAAUACGAGAGUGCUCACUAAAAAACCAAAUAAGUUUAACUAAAAAUUAUAAAAACAAGAACAACAUUGUUAAAUAAAAAAUUAAGAUUCAAAAAAUAUUGAAUAAAAAAAUUAAUCUAACAAAAAUAUACAAACACAAAAUUUUUUGAAAAAUAUAAGUGCAGUUGUGCAACGUAGUACCAAAGGAUAACCAAACAGUUUUGCGCUUUUAAGACAGCUAAAAAAUACAGCUAACUAUUACUAAAGAAAAAUAGUAAUAUAAACAAAUUAUUAACUGUGAUUAAGCGCAUUUUUAAGUGAAAACGAACAAAAAUAUUUUUUUAUUGCACUUCAAACACACAAGCUGGAAUAAAAUCUGGAACGAUAUUUUUAAAGCUUAGCGAACAAAAAGAUUUAUUUCAGACUCGUCUCGCAUAUAUCACAGUUUCGCAGAAAUAUAAAUAUAUAUAUAUAAUAAAUAUAUAUGCAUCAAAUAUAUUUAUUUGAACAACAAAACUGCAACAACGAGCCAACCAACCAACGAACGGCACGCGCCUGCAUAUAAACGCACACACACACACAUACAUACAUAUACAUAACGUAACGUAAUUCUAUCGAAUAAGAACAACGAAAUGCUCGCCACAGCAGCCGCUAGCACACAAUCCGCACUGGAUGCCAUACAAACGAACGUCACAAAGAUGGAACGACGUGAUUCGACAACAUCGGAAUCAUCGUUGGAACACUUGGAUUUGGGACGUACACCGAAGAAGCUAAGCUCACACUCAUCGGCCACAUCGACGCCGCAUACAAACACCAACAGCACCAGCAACAACACAAACAACAACAACAGAAUUAACAGCAAUGAUGUGCUUACAAAAGUUGCCACCACCGCUGUGAGUGGUGCCACCACAACAUUACUGCCACAUCACCAGCACGGCCACAUCAACGACUCCGAUGAGGCGAAUGAUUAUGACGAUGACGAUGAGGAGUCGCCAGAUGACGAACAGUGCGGCAACAAACUGAAUGCACUCAAUUCGCGAUCACAGCGUCAUCACAAGCGUCGCAGCACAGCGCCACGUCUAGACAAACGCACCAGCGUACAUUUGGAAUUCAAUGCGGACGAUCCGAAUUCGCUGCGCAAGAAGUUCCGUUUCAAUCGCAGCCACUCGGCCUCCGAACAAAUGUCCAAUAAUAAUGAGUCUGGUUUUGUGGACGCCAGCUGUAGUAGUCAUUACCUAAAUGCGUCGGCUGUGUCUUUGGCGGCAGCAGCAGCAGUGGCUGCAGCGGCGGCAACGACGACGACACCAUCAACCACAGCAAAGGCAAUUAGCAUGACGCCGGCACUGCAUAACUCAUCGGCGUCGGUAUCAGGCUCGGGUUCGGUCUCGGCGACAGGUUCGCACAGUUCGUCGUCGGCUGCGUCCUCGCCGCGUGGCUGCGGUGCCGGUUUGGCUGCUUCCUCCGCCUCGGUAUCCAGUCCCGAAUCGGGUAUUUGCGAUAGAGAUCGUGAGGACAUGAAGUUCGUAUGUACUAUCUGCGAUGUGGUGUCGGCGACCCGUCACGAAUUCACGAAUCAUAUACGCUGUCACAAUUACGCCUCCGGAGAUACGGAGAACUACACAUGUGCUAUUUGCUCCAAGGUGCUCUCCUCGGCCUCCUCACUUGAUCGGCAUGUGUUGGUGCACACAGGCGAACGACCAUUCAAUUGCAAAUAUUGUCACCUCACCUUCACCACCAACGGCAACAUGCAUCGGCACAUGCGCACACACAAACAGCAUCAGCACAAUCAUCAUCAUCGCCGCAACUCGAAUGGAACCAAACAAAGCAGUCAUAGUCACAACAACAACAACAAUACAGCAAGUAUGCUCACAAGCAGUGGCGGAACCGACGCUUUCGCCUCAGCCACCAACACUUAUGCGCAAUUAAGUAAUGGCUUGUUGAUUGGUGAAGGUGGUGUCAAAACAUCAACAGCAUCUGCCGAGGCAUUAGCCACUGCUGCCACCACUGUGCCAACAGCCAACGGUGUAGGUGUUAAUGGUAAACGCUUACACAGUAGCGGCGUAGAAAGUUGCGAAAGUGAUGGCGGUUGCUCAACAGACUCCUCAUCAAGUGCCAUCAGCCAUAGCUCAAAUAAUAAUCAACGCAACAACAAAAACAAUGACAACGACAAUAUCAACAACAAUGCCACAAAUAAUUACAACAACAAUAUGAACGCGAAGCGUAAUCGUUUAGGUAAUUUUAAGCGAAAGAGCAGUGAACAACAUGACGAAGCGGAUGGCGACGCCGACGAGCUGGCAGCGGCGAAGCGACGCAUGAAGACCACCAUAAACAACAAUAUAAUCGGCGAGGAUGUGGAUGAAGUUGAUGCGCGCAUCGGCGGUCACAAUAAUGACGCUGGCGCAAUGGUAACGACAAAAACCAGCGCAUCCUCUUCCGCAUCGGUCAUGUCGGCGGAUGACCACGAUGUUGACGAUGAUGAGGACGUCGAGCAGAAGCCAUACUUCGCCUGCCCCGUCUGUCCGGUCUGCAAUGCGGGCGACUUUGCCGACACACACGCGCUGGACAAUCAUUUGGACAGCGAGCACGCCGAUAUACCCGCGAAGUGCCGUCAUUGCGAGGUCGUCUUUCGUACACACCGCCAGCUGAGCUUGCAUCCGUGCACGCAGCGCUUGCUCGGCAGUCGUCAAAUGCCGUUGGUGGAGUGUGUGAAGUGUGGUCAGAGCUUUGAAAAUGGCGACGCUUUGGAGCUGCAUGCACGCGACUGCGAUACCAACGAGCUGCGCCAUGCGCGGCGUAGUCGCAGUCUAAGCGACAGUUUUGCACCGGCGCAUUUGACGGAAGCCGAAAUUGAGGAUAAAACCAACCAAAUACGCAAUAACUUCUUGCGUCAGUUGUAUCUGCAGAGUCAGAAGCCACUCUGCGCGCAGAGUUUGAUGUCGCUACCCUCGCCGCAGCAUUCCACACACGAUGAAGUGGAUUCGCUGAACGUGAGCAAUACCGAUAUCAAAGUCGAGGCAGCAGACGCAGAGCCAGCAGAUCAAUUAACAAGUAAUUUGCUGUCACAACAGUCACAUGACUCGAAAGAUCUUGCAGACAUACAGUCGAUACUCAAUAUGACUUCGUCGUCAUCAACAUCAAAUUUUCUGAAGAACUUCGAACAAUCGGUGAACACACCAUCCAGCAAUUAUAGUUUGGAUAAAGACGAGGAGGAGGCGCAAGAUGCCUUCACAUCCGAGUUUCGUAAAAUGAAAUUGCGCGGUGAGUUUCCUUGCAAGCUCUGCACAGCGGUCUUUCCGAACUUGCGUGCACUCAAAGGACACAAUCGUGUGCAUUUGAGCGCAGUUGGACCAGCUGGUCCAUUCCGUUGCAACAUGUGCCCUUAUUCCAUAUGCGAUAAGGCUGCGCUGGUGCGUCACAUGCGUACACACAAUGGCGAUCGGCCCUAUGAAUGUGCCGAGUGCAAUUAUGCCUUCACCACGAAGGCCAAUUGUGAACGCCAUUUACGUAAUAGACAUGCGAAGACUACACGCGACGAGGUCAAACGUGCCAUCAUAUAUCAUCCAUCCGAGGACUCAACUUGCGAUGAUCCCGCGAAGAAGCUGCAUAUGUUCUCAUCGCCCGAUUUCGAUGACGAUAUGGAGUUGCAGUAUCAGCAGCAUCAUCCCAAAGAUCGUUCAACUCCCGUGUCACAUCUUAAAGAAAUCUUAACCGCCGAAAGUCCUGCUGCCAAACCCUUAAAGAUACAAGUUAAGAGUUUAGAGCAAUUGUUGGACAAAUCAACCGGUUCGGUUGGUAGCUACAAUGACUCCUUCGAAGAACGCACAGCAGCGUCGUCCAACGAGACAGCACCUAUCGAUUUGAGCAUGGAUGUUUUGGAUCUUAGCAAGAAACCUACAGCUAAGCCAGUCGAGAAGGAGACGAUUACUGCGUCUGCGCCGCAAGUAACGGAAAAUGUUAUUGAUCCGGAGAAGAAGCUUGAUUUAUUCUCUUACGUGAAGGAGAAUUUAAAUAUGCCAAAAAUGCUGGAACUCUGGAGUUUGUCCACGCAACUCCCGUUCAUGCCCGACUUUGGACCACUUAUGAGCCAAAUGUUUGGCGGCAACCCUGCUGCUAUUCCAUUUCUACCACCUGGUUUGGACUUGAAUAAAGCAGGUAUGCAAGCACCGCCAAACAUGACACCACCAAUGUUACCGAAUUUGAACUCGCUCAUGGCAGACAAGCUAAACACACAUCCCCAUAGCACACCAGAUGUCAAUCUGAUGAAUCAAAUGUUGCCCACGUCAAUGAUGACGCCACCUCCACCGAAUAGCGGCAUGAAUAUGGCGCGUCAUUCGCACAUUCCACCAACGGUAUUGCCAGGUGGCCCAGUCAAGAUGGUGAUCAAGAACGGCGUACUCAUGCCGAAGCAGAAGCAGCGUCGUUACCGCACCGAACGCCCCUUCGCCUGCGAGCAUUGCUCCGCACGCUUUACACUCCGCUCAAAUAUGGAGCGUCAUGUCAAGCAACAACACCCACAGUACUACGCACAACGUCACCGCACCGGUCACCACAGCAUGCGCGGACGCGGCGCCAGCAGCGCAACGGCCAUGAACAGCAUCUCACAUUUGCAGGCGGCAAUUGCGCAAGCGCACACCGCCAAUCAGGUACAAGGGAAUGGUCUCGGUGCUUCACCCAUAUCGGAGCAGGUUAAGUAUGCUAUAUUGGCGCAGCAGCUGAAGGCACACAAGGACACCGACUUGCUGCAACAAGCGCUAGCGCACGGCUCAAGUAGCAUCGCCAAUAGCCAUCAUAUGUUGUUGAAUGCUGCCGGCGCUGCACUCGGACCACUGGGCCCUCCUAAUGCGCUCCAGUUUCCAUUCAGUCAAUUGGGUCAGUCCACGAACAUUAACGGCACCGCUGAAGAUGAUGAGCCCAAAUUGAUUAUUGACGAGGAUGACGAAGAUGAUGAUGUCGAGGAGAUACUUGACGACAAUGAAGAAGACGAAGAGUUGCAGUUGUCAAAUGAACACUACGACAAUAUGCGCAAAUUUCAAACGCCAGCACCCGUUGUGGAGGAAGUGAAGACUGCACCUUCAACCGCCAGUGAGUCGAACAAUGAGACCGCCAAAAAGGUUGCCGAAACCAUACUGGAACAGGCGAAGAAAACUGGUCAGAAGCCAAAUCAAACCACUAGCAAGUCCAACCCCAACUUUGCCGCCAAGCCCACAACAACUAAAACCGUUGCAACAGCUACCACACCGGCAGCUCCAGCGGCGCCUGUCACGCCAGCCAACACAAUGAAAGCCAUGAUCGCACGAGCCGAGUCCGUGGGCAAGUUUCUGAAAGAGGUGGCCAGUUCACCCUUCAAAGAUGAAUCGCAAGAUCUGGUGCCGGUUGCCAAACUGGUAGACAAUGCUACCAGCAAUGCCGUUUCAUUCAACAAUUAUUUCCGUCCCAGCGAUGUAGCCAAUCAUAUGGAACAAAGUGACGAAGAGGGACUGGUGGCCUCCGGCAGCGCCAGUGAAAGUAAUCACUCUGGCACCGAAGACGUCGCUGCACCGGCCGAGCCGAAAAAGAAAUCAGCCUAUAGUCUGGCGCCAAACCGUGUCUCAUGCCCCUACUGCCAACGCAUGUUCCCCUGGUCCAGCUCGCUGCGACGCCACAUACUAACGCACACCGGCCAAAAACCCUUCAAGUGUUCGCACUGUCCACUGCUCUUCACCACAAAAAGCAAUUGUGAUCGACAUUUGUUGCGCAAGCAUGGCGACGUUGAGUCCGCGGUGUCGGUCUAUGUGCCAACCGAAGAUGUCAGCGAGCCGAUACCGGUGCCAAAAUCAGUGGAGGAGAUCGAACAACAGCAACGGCAACGCGAAGAAGAGGAGCGCAAACGCAAAGCUGAAGAGGCGAAAUUGGAGCGUGAACGCCGUGAGAAGGAGCAGCGCUUACAGCAGGAGAAGGAACAACAAAAUAAACUCUUAAAACAAUUGGCUGUCGCACAACUGCAACAACAGCUCAAUGUCUCAAUGAGCGCCGCCGCCGCAAACGCGAACAGCAGCGCCGAGGCUGAUGCACGCGCCAAAGAGAAUCUCUCACAGCUCAACGCCGAUUUGCCAUACAAGUGUCAUUUAUGUGAAAACUCUUUCGCCGAGCGCUUCAACUGCCUGGAGCACAUCAAGAAGCAACAUGCGCCCGAAUUCACCUUACUGCUAAGCAAGGGUGCCAUCGUCAGCGAUGCCGAAGCCAACCAGACACAACUGCUCGAAGAGGAGGAACGACGUGUGGGCGAAGAAGCGAAUAACUUUGCGCUACUGCCAAAACUACCGGCCUACACAAACAGAAAAGUGAUUUGCGCCUUCUGCGUGCGUCGCUUCUGGUCCACCGAAGACUUGCGCCGACACAUGCGCACACAUUCUGGUGAGCGGCCCUUUCAGUGCGAGAUCUGCCUGCGCAAAUUCACGCUGAAGCACAGCAUGUUGCGACACAUGAAGAAGCACACAAGUCGCGGACAAAAUGGCGUCGGCGGUGGUGAUGGCACCUGCGCAUUGGGUAACAGUGGCUCGGACUUCUCGGAUGACGAACAAAUGCCAACACCAACUUCCACUUCGACGGAUACCUCAUCCAACGCGACUACAGCAACUACGACAACUUCGGCGCCCACAGCGACAGCUGCCGCGCAGCGUACCAACAAAAUACAGGAGCUGCUGAGCAAAACCAACGAAUGGCGCAGCUCAAACUUGGCUGGCGAACAAAAGGAGAAUAUCGGCGAAGAACAACCGAAUGGGCUGCACAGCGAUUUGAUUGGGAAUCUGUUGGGCAUCAGCGAUCAAGGUAUACUCAAUAAAUUACUCUCAUCUCCGAUGAAGCGGCCAAACUGUUGGGUGUGGAGAAGUAAGGCGCUAUGGGUGGGACUGCUUCAGUGCAGUCGGGUUUAUGGUAACAUUUUCGGUUGCAAGUCAGCUGUAGCUGAGCCAACGCACGGCAUUCGCUACGCUCGACUUGAUCUAGUCAAAACGGUUAAACAAAAUAUUACAAAAAGGAUGUGUAUAUUUUUCUUUGUAAAAAAGGAAGUCGGCUAUAAACUUGGAGCCGUUAAGCAGCAAGGCAGGCAGCCUGGAAAAAGGAUGUAUUAUUGUAUUUUUCAGUAAAAGAAAAAAAUUCAUAUAAAUUUAUGAAAAUUAUCUUCUAAAGAUCUUCUGCCAGCUGUCAUAAGUGGCGCUUAAAAUUAUUUUCUUACAAAAAUGCUUGCAGAACUCGCUGCAAAGCAUUUUUAUUUGGAAAAUAUUAACGGCGCAACUACUAACGGUCAACUGGGAUACGAUCUUUGCCUGCAAACUACUACUGACGCUCGUAAAAUUAACUGAAAAAAAAUAUUUAUUAAAUAUUUUAUUAAAAUACAACAACGAAAAUAAUUAUACUGCUCUGAUAUUCAAAGCAAAUCCAACUGAUUUCUAUGUACUAUAUAAUUAAAUAGCAACUGCUUACAAUAUAUACGCCACCACUGUUGCUACUAGUGAAACAAAACAAAAAUAUAUAAGCACUGUUAGCUUUUAAGCAUUAUAAUAUAAUAUUUUAAAAUAUUAAAUUUAAUUAUUUUAUCAAAUAACCCCACAAAAUAUAUACCAAAGCUUUUCUACAUAAUAACAUUGUAAAAUAUUAUUCAUAAAAACGAAAGCAGACAUUAUUUUUGCACUUACAUAGUACAUAUACAUAUAUACAUACAUCUAUGUAAGUCAUUAAUUGUCUCAAUUAAUUGUAAUUUUACACAUUUUCAUAGACUUUUGCCUAAUUUUGAGGUUAUGCUUGACAAAACAAAAGACUUAAAUCUAAAGUAUAGCAUAGUUAAAUACUUAAAAUACAUAUAAACAUAUAUUUAAGCAACGAAUAACUGUAAAAUGCCUUCAAUACAAUUGACAUGUACUUAAUAUAAUACUAAAUUAAAUGAAUAUAUUAUUAAUUAAUAUAAAUAUAAUUACUUUUUUUGUUUUUAAUUAUGACGAAACACUUGAAUUACAAUUUUGUAUAUUUGGGUGUGGCCUUCAAACCGCAAAGUGGCUUAUAAAAUAGUAGUAUAGUAAACAAAAAAAAAAAAAGCAAAAACAAAAA